AUGUCUACUCCUUCUGGUCUUAGUGAAAGUUCAUCUCUGGAGGCCUCAGACGGACAGAUCGGGACUUGGAGGUCUCAUGCGAUAGGCGACGGAAGAAUCACCGCUACCGGUGAAGUAUCCCGAAUGCCGGCUGCAAUGGGCUGGCUUCGGCGAAACACAAGUCUUCUAAGCAGUGUCCGUUAUUAUACGACAAAAUGCCAAGCCCUCGGGGCUGGUUCGACGGGAUCAGUUGGCCAGCCAGUCGGAUCCAGAGGCCAAAGUGACAGGACAACGGGACUAAUUGAGAACUCGGACUCUGACGGCUUGGCCAGAUUCCCCGAUUUUACUUCACCCCAUCGUGUCGAGGAGACGCAGGCUACAAAGGCUCGGUAUCGGUUCAGCUCAUGA